AUGUACUUAAUCACUGGCGCAACUGGACAGCAAGGAAAUGCAACUAUCCAGCACUUGAAAGGAGAGAAGACGAGAGCUCUCGUGAGGAACCCAGCCUCAGAAGCAGCCAAGAAGCUGGAAGGUGAGGGUGUCGACAUAGCCAAAGGUGACCUGACGGAUAGUCUUACAAUAUACAAUGCCAUGGAAGGCUGCAAAGCUGCUUUCCUCGUCACUACAAUGGCCCCUAAUGGACCUAGCGACGAAGUCAUCCAAGGGAAGGCCUUCAUCGAUGCGGCCAAGAAGCGCAAUAUUCGUGUCGUUUAUACGAGCGUCGAUAGCGCAAAAGGCAGCAACGUUCCACACUUCGAAAGCAAAGCCGAAGUGGAGCAGAUGAUAAGAGAUUCAAAUUUGCCCCACACAAUAGUCAAGCCAGUAGCAUUUAUGGACAACUUCCCAAAGAAGUCUGGUCUGCAAUCAUUCCUCACCAUUGGUCUUUUCAGUGCGGCUAUUCUGGACAAGAAAAUUCAACUUGUCGCUGUAGACGAUAUAGGUAGGGUAGCAGCUACCGCUCUCAAACAUCCGGAGCGCUACAAUGGUAGAUCUAUUCCUCUGGCGGGAGAGGAGUUGUCUAUCUCGGAUAUACAGAACGCUUAUAAUACAGCACACGGCGCUCCAGCUUGGAAGGCUUAUUUACCUAGCUUCACGCCAUCUCUGCUGUCAAAUGACUUUUCUAAAAUGUUCUACUGGUUCAGAUCGGAUGGUUACAAAGCUAAUAUUCCUGCUCUGCGCGAAGAAUUUCCGGGUUUGUUGACUUUUGCACAGUGGCUGAAAAAGUCUGAUUGA